ACCCUUAUUCCAAGGUGCAACUAGCCCAGUCUGUCUCCUGCUCACCACAGCCUGACUGAAUUGGACAUCAGCUCUCAAAUCUGGGUUGUUACACUGGAAUACCAAGAAGAUGCACCCUUUGUAAAUGAGUUUUAGAUUGUGGGACUGCCUUGGCUCCAGAAAUAGCACAGGACCUCCCCUGACGCUGUGACAUUAGCCCUCCCAAAGGUGGUAGAAAUGUCUCCAUUGCUCUGCAUGACAAUUGUUACUGCUGAUGCCCACCACCGUGGCCUCGGGCCCGAAGAUGUUUUUCUCCUUGAAAUGCCAGGUGCUGUUCAGCUGUCUCCUUCCACUUCCAGCCAAGAGCCUUUUUUCAUCUGCCCCAUUCUUUCUCCUGGAUUUUGUCAGGAAACAGGAGCUUUCUCACCUAUUUCCAUAGGUUCUCCCUGGCUGCACAGAUCAGACAAAAACUCCAUGUUUGCACUACUGUUUGAUGCUGCUCAGUCCCAUGCAUGGGAGGCCUUUACUGAGAGUGCCACCAUGAGGGUGACAGUUGCUCUGGCUUUGCUGUGCUGUUACCUGAGCCCGCAUGGGGCAAGGAACUCCUUGGCCCUGGACUGGCAGCUCCUCUCACACUCCUUUCCACAAACAUCUCCACCCUUGGCAGACCUGCUCUGCCCACCCCAGUGCUGAAUGCUGCAUUGGGCUCCUCUUAACACUCUCAAUGGUGUCUUCCUUAAAACUGUUCUGACAUGAGUGAUGUCCCUUGAGGGUCAGUACUGGGACCAGUGCUAUUCCAUGUUUUUAUCAGUGGUGUGUAGAGUGGGAUCAAGUAGAUCCUCAGCCAGUCUGAGGAUGAGACUGGGCUGUGGAGUGCAGCUGGGGAGGGGGAUGUCAUCCAGAGGGGUCUUCAGGCCCACAGGAAUCUCAUGAAGUUCGAUAAGGUCAAGUGCAAGGUCCUGCACCUUUGUUAGGGCAAACCUUGGAGAAGAGAUGGCUCCAGGGAGCCUUGUUGUGUCUUGUCCAUGUCUAAAGGGGAAUUGUAAGAAAGAUGGAGAGGGGUUUUUCACCAAGGCCUGUUAAGGACAAGGGGCAACAGAUACAAACUGACAGAGGUUUAGGUAGGACAUGAAGGAGGAUUUUAUGGUGAGGUCCUGGCACAGGUUUCCCAGAGCAGUUGUGACUGCCCCAUCCCUGGGACCAAGCUGGACAGGGCUCUGAGCAUCUUGGUCUAGUGGAGGUGUCCCUGGAAAUAAAUCAUGUCUUGGGUCUGACACUGUCUGUGUGGCACAUGGAGUCCCAGCCAAAGGACUCAGUGCUGUGCAGCUCUCAGAACUGACUGUGCAGGGGCAGAUUAGUGCCCAGUGCCUCUAGUUCAGCAUUGGCCACGUGCACCUUGCACAAGUGUUCACUAAGUGUGCCAAGCUGCUGCCUUGGCUGCUGACCUCUGUGCCUUGAAGGUGGGAACUUGGCUUGCCAAGCAGACACCAGUCAUAAGUCUUGGAGUAGGAGUCUUCCGCUCCUGGAUAGCAUGUGAGUGCUGCCAUACCCCAUGAGAGAAACUUCUAUAUGUGGUGUGGAGUCCUGAGUUAUUCCAGGGCUGCUAUUUUUAGUACCAAGGAGUCAUUUGCAAGGGCACACACAACCUUCUGUUUCCGUAGGGGCAGGCAGAAAUAGCUGUGGUGACUGACACAGGAGAAUAAAGAAUGUGAAUUAACAAGUUCUGGAGUCUUUAUUUUUCCUGGAUAUGUGCAUUUGCAUGGAUUCUGUAUCUAGGAGGCCAUCACCUUUGGAUGGUCACAUCUUGGGAAAGAAGACUUGGUGUGGGUGGGCUGGCCUGGGAUGCUGUGGGGAAGCCAGUGCUGCUGUGCCUUCCCAGGACAGAUGAUACUCCAGCACACACCAGCUAUAGCAGACAAAAUUAAAUACAGGAGCAAAGCAAACAGAGAGGGUGGAGACAGGAGAAACAGAUGCCACAGUAGCACCAGAGGUGCUACUGCUGACCCAGGAACAAGUGGGGAGUUCAGCCAAAAGCAAGGUGAAAAAAAUGCCUGAACUUGUCCUUUCUUUGCCAGAGCAGAGUACAAAGUGGGAAGCACUCCAGGAAGGGCUCCAGGAGUCCCAACAGGACAGGGCUGAGCUGGGGCCAGUUGAAGCGCUGGUGCUGGCAGGGCCACAUGGCCAAGGUCAGCUGUCACCAGCCAGUCCCAGAUCAUACCGUGAGCUGCAGCUGCCAAGCUGAGCCUGCCUGUUCUUUGGUACAAGGCACAGUGCUUGCUCUGUGUGAUGAGGAGUGAGGGCCUGGGGCAAAUUCACAAGACAUUGCAGGUUUUGCUUUCUGCUCCCUGAGUGCUUCAGGGUUCAAAGAAAUACAUUUCAUGGAUCUUGUGCCAAAAUUUUGGGCUGUGUUUCUGACAGCAAUUUCCCUUCCUCUGUCCAGUGCUAGAAGUGUUUUUGUUGUUCUAAUCUCCAAGCUCAGGGGCUUCACUUGUAGUGGAGUUUGAGCUGCUUUUCAAGCCAGGAGCAUCUUUGUGCUUCACAUCUCUGUAUUUAAUUAGACCAGUUCAUGGAGAUCAAUAUGAUGUUUUACAUAUUGAAGUAGGAUCCUCUUCCAUGGUAAGACCUCAAAAAUCAGCCUGUUUAAUUUUGGUUCCCCUUCUACUUGCAAAUCAAAGGAUUAUUUCCUCCUUUUCAGUUCCAAUAGUUCAGAGGAACUAUUACUGUCUACUUGUAUUUCCAGUGUUCCCUGUUCUCUGUUCCUGCCCCUGUCUGGGUGAGUAGUGGGGCUGAAGACACAGGGCAGGGGCACAGAGCAGCCUGUCCCUCAGGGGACCUUCUUGCACACUGUGUAGAGGUGGUUCCUUCACCUCAUCCGCUCUAAAUCUACACUGUGGGACUUGAGGGAUGAGCUGAGAGGUCAUGACCAUCUCCCCUCCCCGGCUGUGACAGCUGACAGCCGGGCCAGCUGCAUUAGCCUUUAACGAAGGGCUGGUGCCAAGAGCAGCAUCUGCUGUGGGGGUACAAAGACAAUACAAACCCUGCAUGUCUGCACCUUCCUGUCCCAUCAACAGAGGGUAAAUCGAGGCAAGCUUGUGCUGUUUCCAGUUUGCUGUCAUGGAUGUCCUUCCAGGAAACAGCAUGCAGCAAAUGCAAACAGCUAAUAAGAAGAGAAUAAGGGAAAAGAGAAGUGCAGAGCUAGAAAUAGUUCCUUACAUAAAGGACUAGUGCCUCAAUCUCAUUAGUGUCUUAAGGAGCGGGCACUUGGCCGCCUCUGACUGCUACAAUGCAAACCCCAAUCUGAUCAGCAAUCAGCUUUGGGACCCCGGCAGGUGACACGUGGCACCAGGACACAGCUGUGCCCCUCGGGCAGCCACUCCACUGCCCUGAGCUCGCAGCACUUGUCCUAGUCAGUGUGUGCCCAGUGGGAGCAUUCCCUUGAAGCCAGAGCUGCUGUCCUGCUGCCCAUAACAGGAGUCACCGCUUCGGAAGGCUGGGCACCAUGAGGCAACAAUGGACCAGGCGCGCGAGUCUCUCGGCCAGCCUGAAGAUAGGGGAUCACCGAGGCCACUGCCGGACCCCGGAGGAAGAGGAAUCCUACAUCCCAUUUGCACAGGACAGCCUGGUAAGGCAAUGGAACUCCAUGCAGAACGUGGCAGAUAGUAACCAGGAGAAGAGCCAGACUCCCAUCCAAAGGAACAAGUACCUGCUCAACAUUAACGUGGGUGGCAAAUUGUUCCAGAUAGCUUACAAGGUACUGGCCCGGUAUCCCAUCACCCGGCUUGGGAAGCUGGCCCUCUCUACAGAUCCUGUGAAGAAGCUGCAGCUUUGUGAUGACUACUUGGUGCAGAAGAAUGAGUACUUCUUUGACAGAGAUCCUUCAAUUUUCCACUACAUUUUCCAUUUCUACCGCAGUGGGGUCCUGUGGGUGAUGGAUGAGAUGUGCCCCAGUAACUUUGUUGAGGAAAUUGAGUACUGGGGAAUCCAUCUGAAAUACUCCCAAAGCUGCUGCCGGAUCCUGUUCGAGGAAAAGCGAGAUGAACUCAGUGAGUACCUGAAAAUAGAGAAGGAGCUGGAGGCAGAACUGGAGCCCCUGGAGUCAGGGGCGCAGUUUGAUGGCAAAUUUCUGGGUCGGUUUCGGAAAAUGGUCUGGAACCUCAUUGAGAAUCCAUACUCUUCUGUCCCAGCCAAGAUAAUUGCUGUCAUGUCAAGCUUCUUUGUGCUUAUCUCCAUUGUGGGUAUGACACUGAGCACAGUGGAGGAGAUGAAAAACAAGACAGGGAAAAUGUGGAUGGAGCAGAUGGAAAUGGUCUGUGCCAUCUUUUUCACCUCUGAAUACCUCAUGCGGCUCAUAUCCUCCUCCAGCUUCAAGAACUUUCUGCGGGCAGCAUUUAAUGCUAUAGACCUGGUGGCCAUCCUGCCCUUCUACAUCCAGAUCCUCUUUGAAAAUCUGGAUGAUGGAGACAUGCAGUACCAUGAGGAGCUGCACAAGGUGGAGAAUGUGAGCAAACUGGGCAAAGUCCUCAAGCUCAUCAAGCUCAUGAGGAUCUUCCGCAUCCUCAAGCUGGCACGUCACUCCACUGGCCUCCGAGCCUUCAGCUUCACCAUGCGCCAAUGCUACCAGCAGGUUUGCUGCCUCCUCCUCUUCAUUGCCAUGGGGGUCUUCACCUUCUCCGCUCUCAUACACUCGGUGGAACAUGAUGUUCCUGGCACCGACUUCACCAGUAUCCCCUGCGCAUGGUGGUGGGCAGCGGUCAGCCUCUCCACUGUGGGCUACGGAGACACUGUGCCUGACACAAUACUCGGCAGGAUGGUGGCGUUUGUCUGCAUCUCCUUUGGCAUCAUCCUCAAUGGAAUGCCCAUCUCCAUCCUCUACAACAAAUUUUCUGACUACUAUGCCAAGCUGAAGGCUCAUGAGAUGAGCCAGUCACUUCAGCUUUCCAGGAGGAUCCGCUUGAAGAAGCGAGUCCUGCAGAAGUUCUCAGAGUGCUGGAGAGCUGAGCCCCGCUAUUACCACUGACACAGGCUCCCCACCCCGCAGACAUCCCCUGUCCUGGCCAUCCUCACAGUAGGUUCUGUCCCCCAGGGAGGCUCUGAGCUAUGGGCAGAGUCCCAACAGUGCUGGGGCUCUGCUGUUGCACAGGAGCUGCUGCCAGCUGGGACCUCCCUUACUGCUGUGUGCCAGACACUGCUGUCCCACAGAGCAGCCAGUCACAGGUGGCUUGGGAGCUGUAUGGCCAGGGCAGGAGGUUUGUCUGCCACGGGCUGAGGCAAAGGGCACUCUGACAUCACAGGGAGUGAGGGAUGGGACUGAACUGUCACCUGUCCAAGGCAGGUAGCCCAGUGUGACACACGUGCAGGUGCUGCUCUGUUUCCCGCUGAGUGGGACACACACAGGCUCCCCCUGCCCAGGGCCCAGUGACUCCCUCCCAGCCAAGCAGCCCAGGCCUAGUCAAGUGUGGGGAUUUGGGUGAAGGCCCAGAGGAAAGGCUACAGCCAUGCAUCCUUCCAGCCAAAUCUGUUCUUCUUCUCACUACCCUGGAGUCUGGGGCACAGUCCUGACUUGGGAUGCUGUUGUGAUGGACCUGCAGGCACUAUAGGCAUACAGAGCUUGUAGCCAGAGCACCCUCAGGAACAGGCAUUUAACAGACCAGGCCCAAAACUUCAUUGUCCUGCAUUCUUGUCCAGCCAACUGUGUGUCAUUCAGUAAACUGCUCAUCAUUUGGAGUGAGGAGGGGACAUCACCUCAAGGCUCACAAUUCCAUCAAUGCAAGGACGGGGCUCUCAGGGAUCCAUGUGAGCCUGUCCAUGCAUUAGUUUUGGAAUGAGGUGCCUGGGCCUGGGUGCAUUGGAACUGGAGCUGGGACAUGCAUAUGAUCAGGACACACCAGUUGGGUCUGCCCUGUGUUCACAUCAUGGGAGGCAGUGGGGGGGACAUGUCUGGGGGGCAGAGGGGAAGGAUUUACCCUCCAGCAUGGGACCAUGUCCAGUCAAUGGGCCUCCUGAAGGGAUACACCCUUCCUUUGGGUGAGAUGGAGAGAGGGAUCUCGGGCUGCAGGGAGGAUUGGUGUGGGGAUCAACAGCUGCUGGUGCUAUUUCCAGGAGAGCAGGGGGAAGAAACUGGCUGCCAGCCAGGCUAGGGUACAAUUCACUUACUUGUGAGCAGGACUUGGAGAUGCAGAGGUGCCACGGGACCCCUGGUGUCAGUCUUGGACUGUGGCUAAGCUGCUGAUGUUGGAAACUUGGGAAGAGACUUGGGGGAGCUGAGUCCUCUGGCAGGGACAGCCACACUCCCACUGAGAGCUGAACUGCAGGGGGCAAGGGGGCUGUGCCAGCAGGUGUGAGGUGACCCCUACCCUGACCACCAACACCUACACCCACUCCCUAGUAACCCACAUUUGACACCCGCCCUCUGUACACCUCCCCGGCACUGACCUGACCCCACAGCAUUGGGCGGCUCUGGUUUCCACCCCAUUUUUCUCUCUGUUCUCAGAGAGAACAUUCUCUCUGAGCACAGCAUUUUCCUCUGACCAUCUUCCCCCAGAGCUCUCCUGCCCCACUGUCUGGGUUUCAGCUGCAAUAGAGUUCAUUUUCUCCCCAGUGCCUGGUACAACGCUGUAUUUUAGAUUCAGUGUGAGAAUAAUCUUGAUCACACACUGAUCUUCCAGUGGCUGAUGGCUGCUAGGAGACAGGCAGGGCACAGAUCAGUUGGUGCUGAGCAAUUGGGUAUUGGGCAUCACUUGUCUGUCUUGGGGUUUAUCAUUCCCUCCUUUUGGUGUCUCCCUUUUCAUUACAAAUAUUAUUAAAUAUUACCAUAUUUUAUUUCAUUUCCAUUAUUGAACUUUCCUUAUCUCAAACCACAGGUUUUACCUUUUCUGAUUCUCCUCCCCAUCCCACCAGGGUGGAGGGGGAGGCCAGUGGCUGUGUGAUGCUUAGUUGCGAUCUGGGGUUAAACCACAGACAGACACUGCCCCAGCAGUCUACCCCUAUAGACACCCCUGUCCCACCCCAGACUCCAUCACCACAUUCCCCCAAGUACCCCCAUUGCCUGCUCAUCUCCCUGCACCCCCAGUUGCAGGCUGAUGGAUCCUGAGACCAUCCAGCUUUCAAGGAAUGGGGCACACCAACCUCAUCCCCUUGCCCCUGGAGACUGUGCUGCAGCUACAUCUCCAU